AUGGCGCCUAAAAAGUCCGCUGCUGCUACAGCUCCUGCACCCGUAUCUGCGCCCGCGCCAGUCGCACCAGCAGCACCUACGACAGCUCCCAGCGUCGCCGUAGCCAAGACUAGCACUAGCGGUUCGCAGGCGAUCGACCAAGUAGCAUGGAAUAUAAUCGAGCACUACCAGAAGGCGACGCCUCAACGCACCAAGCUGCUUGACGUCUUCAUGGCAUUUUUGGUUGUUGUCGGUGGUCUACAAUUUGCGUAUUGUGUCUUGGCGGGCAAUUACCCAUUCAACGCUUUCCUCUCGGGCUUCUCGGCGACAGUUGGCCAAUUCGUCCUUACCGCAUCACUACGCAUACAGACUACAGAAGCGAACAAGUCCGAGUUCCCUUCGGUAUCACCAGAAAGGGCUUUUGCAGAUUACGUCGUCGGCAGCCUAAUCCUACAUUUUUUCUGCGUCAACUUCAUAAACUAA